AUGGAUAUUUGUGGACUUGCCCUUAUUUGUAUAUGGCCUAUACUUUUCGACUGUUUCCUAACACUACGAGAACUCACUCUGCUAUACAAAUUUUGGAAGGUCAUUCCAGUGGCUCUGAAAACAGAAUUUCAUUUCUUCAACUGGACCAAUCCGGAAGAUUUUUACAACUUGUCGGUGAAACCUAGGUUCGAAGAAACGGGACCUUACAGAUUUUGGCAGACCGAAGAGAAGACCGAUAUUAUUUGGAAUGAUAAUGGAACAAUUACGUACAAACAAAGAAAAUAUUGGCACACUGACAACGAGAAAAAUGGCGGCUUGAAAGAUAAAAUCAUAAGCAUGAACCCAAUUCCUCUAGCCGCAUCAUACAUCCUGCGAAACUGGAAUUAUUUCGUCAAAAAAGGUCUUUUUAUCACUCUGUACCCUCUCUUUCGCAAUUUGAAAAUGACAACGAGUGCUGAGGAACUUCUUUUUGAUGGAUAUCCAGAACCGUUAAUCAAAGUAGCAAGAGCUAUUCCGUUUUUUGCAAAAUAUAACUUUCCCGACUGGGACCGAUUUGGUUGGUUCUAUAAGAGAAAUGGUUCGUCCGAAUUUGACGGCACUUUCAACAUGGGUACGGGUGUUAACUCCACCCUCGGCGAAAUUAAAACUUGGGAAGGGAUGAAACAAACUCCGUUUUUUGAUGGGUCGUGUGCUACAGUCGAUGGUUCUGCAGGCCAAUAUUUCCCAAGAAAUUUGCAAAAAGACGUCAUUAAAAUAUUUUCGUCAGAUUUACGAAGAAGUGUUAACAUGACGUUUGAAGAGGAAGAAAUUGUAUGGGGUAUGCUGGGUUACAAAUAUAUGAUGGAUGACAGAGCUUUGGACAAUGGCACGAUUUACCCAGAAAAUCGAUGUUUUUGCAACGGGGAAUGUUUGCCGUCUGGCAUGGUAAACCUUUCAAACACAAGACAUGGAAUUCCACUGUUUAUAUCAUUGCCCCAUUUUUACAGAGCUGAUCCUUAUUACGGCAACUUGAUUGACGGUAUGAAACCUGAUCCAAGUAAACACCAGUUUUCCAUCACGAUUGAACCAACGACCGGUAUACCACUAAAGGUCGACGCCAAAAUCCAAGGUAAUUUAUUAGUGCAACCAGUUCCUGGCGUUGUGAUGUUUGAGAGCGCUCCAAAAUUCAUGCUUCCAGUCAUAUGGGCAUCUCAAACCUACGAAAUUGAAGGCAUCCAUGCAUUUCUCACGUGGCUGUUAGUUAACUUUUCUGUGAUAUGUGUGACUCUAGGUUUAAGCAUGAUCAUGCUCAGUAUUUGCACGUUUUCACUUAUUGUGUAUAAAAGACAUAUCAAGUACCUACAUCAACAGAAACAGAUGAGGUUUAUCAACGAACAAAACGUUCCUUUAAAGUCAGUUUUUCAACAGACGUAG